AUGCCCCAAACCAAAGAAGUGUCUCUCUCUGCAUUUGAACUUAUGAUGCUGAGAGAAGCAAAACUCCUAGGGGUAGGCCUCAUAACACUCCUCCACUUUAGUUUUCUUUCAUUUUGCGCUGCUAGUGAAAACCAGCGCUGCAGGCCCUCUUCUUGCGGUGAUAUUCAAAACAUCAGCAUCCCUUUUCGAUUAAAAGGAGAUCCGCUCGGCUGUGGUCAUCCUGAUCCUGCAUACGAAUUGGUUUGUGAAAACAAUCAUACCAUCUUAUAUGGGAAAUACUAUGUCGAGGAGAUCAAUUACCAUAACUACACCAUCAGAAUAAUAGUUGCUGGGCUAGAGAAGAGCAACUGUUUCUCCCUUCCUCUCUAUUCCUUGACAAUAGAUGAUCUAUAUGGAUAUGAAUAUCCUGUUGAACUGGAGACUGUAGUUUUGAUGAAUUGCGCAAGACCAAUCUUUGAUCCAUACUACAUUCCUAUUGUUCCCUGCAACCGCACCAAUGCUACUUUCUCUUCCUCACAACCAUAUGCUUAUGCGCUAGCUGCAGACUACAUGCAGGUGAGAGAUCUUCCGUAUUCGUGCACCAUUGGCAUGACAGUUGUUACUGGGAAUUUCAUGGCUGUGUCAGAGCCCAGCAAUCUUUCAACAGAUUUGCAAGAAAAGCUGCUUAUGGGGCUCCAGCUUUCAUUUUUGAGCUCCCGCUGCCAUGAAUGCAAAGCGAAAGACAGCUGGUGCAUGGAAAUUUUCAGCAACAACACUAUACAAUGCCUAGAUGAUGAAAGAAACUGGCGGUUUAGUCAUGCAGGGCGGCUUACGAAGUUGAAAGCUGAACUGGUGUCACUAAAAGUACUGCUGAUUACUGGCUUUAAUCAUGCAGGACGUGAAGAUGCUUUUGACCAAUCUGGGUUUUCUGGGACGACCAUUGCAAUUGUCAUAGCAAUCAUUGGAGGACGCUUUCUACUUGGGAUAUCUUGUCUUUUUGGCUAUUUAAUCUACAAGUUUCAACGGAGACAUUUAUCAUUAGAUGAUGAUAUUGAAGAGUUUCUUCAAAAUCACAAGAAUCUCCAGCCCAUCAGGUACUCAUAUUCACAUUUAAAGAAAAUAACCAACAAUUUUAGGAAUAAGUUAGGCCAAGGAGGCUUUGGCUCUGUGUACAAAGGAAUACUUCAGAGUGGCCGCAUUGUAGCAGUAAAAGUAUUGGUCAUGUCAAAAGCCAAUGGACAAGAUUUUAUCAAUGAAAUCGCCACGAUUGGAAGGAUUCACCAUGUUAAUAUAGUACAACUUGUUGGAUUUUGUGUAGAAGGAUCAAAAUGGGCCCUUAUAUAUGACUUUAUGCCAAAUGGGUCACUUGAUAAGUUUAUCUUCCCUAAAGGAGAAAAACACAUUCCUUUAAGUUGGGACAGAUUAUACAAAAUUGCACUUGGAGUAGGGCAUGGGAUUGAAUACUUACAUCAAGGGUGUGACAUGCAAAUUCUGCAUUUUGAUAUCAAGCCACACAAUAUUCUUUUGGAUGAAGACUUUACACCAAAAGUUUCGGAUUUUGGCCUUGCAAAAUUGUAUUCAACAAAUGAAAGUGUUGUAUCUCUCACUGCAGCUCGAGGAACAUUAGGAUACAUUGCUCCAGAGUUGUUUUAUAAAAAUGUUGGACAUGUGUCGUAUAAGGCUGAUGUUUAUAGUUUUGGAAUGUUGUUGAUGGAAAUGGUGGGAAAACAAAGGCAUUUUAGUAGACAUCAUGAGGAAGAUCUAAGUGAAUUAUUCUUCCCGUCAUGGAUUUAUGACCGAAUUGAACAAGGAGAAGAUAUGGAAAUGGGAGAUGUCACAGAGGAUGAAAAGAAAUAUGUAUGGAAGAUGGUCAUAGUUGCAUUGUGGUGUGUGCAAAUGAAGCCCAUGGCCCGCCCUUCUAUGAGCAAAGCACUCGACAUGUUGGAAGGUGAUGUUGAACUAUUGCAACUACCUCCUAAACCUACCUUAUAUUCUCAUGAAAUAUCAGCUUUGGAUCGGGAGAACAAACCAAUGGGGGUUCCAAUUUCCUCACAUAAUGCAAGUAUUACAAUUAGCUUAGAUGGGAGAUAA